AUGGCAGCUACACCAGUUACAGCAUCACAAGGCAAAACGAUGACACUUAGUGAGCUACGUGUUUUCGAACUUAAGCAAGAAUUAGAAAAGCGUGGAUUAGAUAAAAGUGGAAUUAAACUAGCAUUAGUAGAACGCUUAGAGGAGGCUCUUCGAGAAGAAGGACACGAUCCAAAGAUUUAUAAGUUUACGGUCAAUGACUAUGGCAAAUUUCCGGCCGCUCCCUUGAAAAAUUCCUCUAGCGAGACAGUGAGAGAAAGUCAGUUCAGCUCUAGUAGUCACGAAACUUUAUCUGAUCAUGAAAUUGAAGUUUCUAACGGUCGUCACGAAAAUGAGCAGCGGGAAAUGAAAAAGGAAGAUCCAAGUGAACCGGAUACUGCUAUUGGUAUGGUUGUCGAAUCUGAAGACAGUGAUGGAACAAUUGAAAAAACUGAUCAUUUGGCAACAACCAAGGAAUCAUCCGAAGAAGUGAUGGAGGGCAAGAAAGUGAAACACAAUCAAAUAGAAGGAACUUCAGUUUUGAAACAAGAUGAUCGCAGUAGAACUGAACUUAUCGAAGAACAAAUGGAAGUAAAUGAAGUUAUUGAGGAUACCUCCAUUGUCAAAGAAAUAGUGGAAACCAAGGAACCGGAAGAAGAGGAAACUGUUAAAGAAAUUGCAGAUGAAGUUAACUACGAAGAUGAGGAAAUGCCAGAUACAACUCGGAUCAAUGAGGAGGAGGUGGAAGCAGAGGAGUGCAAAGAAACUGAAAGCAAAAUGACAGAAAAAGAGGAUGAAAGUAAGACAGUUGGAAAAACAGAAGUGAAAGCUUCUAAAGAGGGUGAUAAUUUAUUUACGUCGACUGUUGAAACUGUAGCAUCAACACCACCGGAACGUACUGACGAUGCUCCACAUGCAACGACAUCCACGCUUAAAAAGUCCGAUAACUCUUUGUGGAUCAAAGGCAUCAGCCCGAACACAAAAGCUGCAGAUUUGAAGGCAUUAUUUGCCAAAUAUGGUCGAGUAUUAACCGCCAAAAUUUUCACAAGACGACAGCAGCCAUCAAAUGCAUGUUUUGGCUUUGUCACUAUGAUCGAUUCAGCUGCAGCUGACCUCUGUAUUCAAAAACUUCAUAAAACAAAUGUUAAAGGACGUCCGAUUACGGUGGAACGAGCGGACCGUUGCAACAUGCCCAUUGCUAAGUCGAUACCCAAGAAACCAACAUGUAAUGCGACAGGUGACGUGAAAAGUGGAAAGUCCACUACCACUUUCGAUACUUGUUCGAAAAGCGGUGAAGAGAAAUUAUCAACCUCUAAGGCGGCUGGAAAAUCGAAGAAAGAUAUACCUACCAUUGACAAGUCAAAAAGUAGCACAUCGAGUGGCAAUAAGGAAGCCAGUACCACGAGAAGUGAGAAGCAGAAAACAGUGAAAGCAAUGUCGGAAACGAAAAAAUCACCCGUUAAAGCGCCGUCUGCGAGCACAACACACUCAAGGUUCUCAACGCUCAGCAGCAGUAAACGUUCGACGGUCACUCGUCUACCAUCACGGUUUCGAGCAAAUAGAAGAAUUGAGCGAGCAGAUCGUGUUUCUUCCACGUUACGGCGUUCGUAUGUAAUUCGUAAACCUAGUUAUUCGUCAGCUGCCUCAAGAAGAACUUUGGGAAGUCGACCAUUUUCGGGUCGUCUUGGUCGUGGUAGUAUAUUACGCGGAAUGGUCCGCCGUGAGGUUUCUUCACGUCGUGUUGAGCCUCCUACUUCAUGGGAAAAGCGUGAAAUGAUGGAGAUGUUGCGUAAAAAGGAAGAAGAGCAUCGGCUUAAAGAGCAAGAAUUGAGACUUCAGCGUGAACGUGAGCGUCUGAAGUUCGAACGUGAACGGUUUGAACGGGAACGGCUUGAAUUGCAACAACUGCGCCAAAUCGCUGCCCUCACCACACCAGUGCAAAUGAUGUCAGCUCCGGGAGCGCCUCCACCACGUCGCUCGCAUGAAUACGGUGAUAUGGAUUCAUCCAGGUACAAAUCAGAAAAGGAAUUGAAGCGGAGCGAAUAUUCAAGGCGGUCAGGGGAACGAUCAUCAUCACAUCGUGGCGUGACUUCUACACGUAGCUCUUUACCGGAUCGGCGAGAAGCACACAGUUCAUCGCGGCAUGUUAGUAGUACACACUCGUCAUCACGUGGUGCUGGCGAACGAAGUCGUGAACGCAGUCGUGACCGUAGCAGACACAGUACUCGCGACUAUGGUUCAUCGAACAUCGUUCGUGAAAAUGUUCCCAGUUAUGCUCGUGAAAGUCAUUCAUAUUCACGUAGUGGUGACCCCACAAUUUCCAACAGUUAUGGGCGUGACCCAUAUCGACCCGAUUCGACGACUUACAAUGGCCAUCGUUCUGGUGACGCUGGAUAUGGAAGCCGAGACCUGGGAACGUAUAGCUCAUCUAGUACUUAUUCCCGUGAUGUAGCACCAUCUUCUUAUAGCAAAGAUUCUGGUUAUGGUGCUAGUUCUCGUUCUUUGGGAGGUGGUGCGUCUUGGUCAGUUGGAGGUUCAUCUUCGACUUACGUAGGGUCAUCACGAGAUUAUGACGGUGAUGCGUGGAUUUCGGGCGUGUCUGCGUCUCAAGGCCAUGGAACUCACGGCUUGGGAAGUAAUAAUUGGUCAUCAUCAAGAGAUGACAACUGGUCAGGUGGUAUAGCUGACACACAUGGACAUGUUUCAUCUUAUCAUAAGUAUGACAAAUACGAUUCUUAUGAUAAAUACAACCGCCGUUACUAA